CACUUAUCAAAGCAACAAUGAAUACACCUGCGGCCGAUUACUAUGUCAGAGAAAUCAAAGAUCUAGGGUUACAAUUCUUUACUAAGAAUCAAUUCCAUGUGUUGUUAAAUUAUUACAUUUCAAGGAAAGACGCUCAAGGGGUACAAUCAUUAUGGCAAGAAAUGUUAAAUCUAGAAAAUAAUUCAAUAAUAGACUUUAAACCAAAUAGUUAUUCAUAUGUAAGAUAUAUCGGGUUUCUCUGUAAAAUGAAUCUAUUAGACAAGGCAAUCAAAACACUUCAUACAAUGGAGAACGAAGGAAUCCGACCUUUCCAAAGAGAAUUUUUAGAUUAUGUAAUUCAACCUCUUGCCAUGAAUAAACAUCCUCAAGUAGCGUGGCAAUUCCUCUCUUCUUAUCGAAAACGAGUGUUGAGUUCACCAAAUAUUUAUUCAAAUUAUUAUUCAUUAAUCUUGGAAGCAUUCGUGAAACAAAAUGACCUUAAUGCAGCGAGAAGAGUUUUGGUUGACAUGGAACUAAUAGGAGUAGAACUCGAUGAUAAAGCCAAAGAAAUUCUUGCAAGUAUACAAAAUAUCAAAGUUCAACUUGGUGAGGAUGAAGCGUACGAAUACGGAUUGAUUCCUGUUUUUAAUGCAGGAAAACAAAUUACAAAACAAAUGUCAACUAAAUCACUUGAAAAAGCACUCCCUACAGAGUGUAUUCACGAAAUAAUCUCUCAUUUGACCCAAGACUCUAAAGCUCUUAACAACUGUAUACGUACUAACCGUUUAUUUGCGCGACUUUCUGCUCCACUUCUUUAUAAAAAUCCUUGGAAAUAUUUUUCUAUUGAAGAGGAAGAAGGUGAACUUGUCAAAAGAGAAAUUAAUCCAAAAGGUGCUUUAUUAAUUGGAACAUACUUAAGUUGUUUGGAAAAUGAUUUGUCGGUAGAAUUUUCCUCUUUGAAAGAAAAUUAUAUAUUAAUCACAGCCAAGACAUCACUUGAUUACAUUUCUUUUACACGCCAUAUUAGUGUUCCUACAAUGUAUCGAUUUCUUGAAGCAAUGGUUGCAACAGCUACAACUUCAAAUGUUGAAAGAUCUCGUAUGAUUCAGGAAGCUUUUUUGGCUUUAUCAAAGGCAUUUAACGAUCGUUGUACUUCUAUUGAUUCCUUAGAAACUUGCUGGCAAACGACGUGUGAUAUUUUUUCUCCAAUGAUCCGACGCUUUCCUAAUGUUGCACAUCUAGAUCUUUUACAAUAUGAAAAUACAGAUGAUACUCUGAGGUUUAUUAUUGAGAAUUGUAAGAGACUUCGCGUUUUUAAACUAGUUGUACGUAAUUGUACUCCAAUACUUUUGUCGAAUCUUGUGGAAAAACAAAAAGGUUGUCUCGAUGAACUUUGCAUCAAGAUCACUGCAUCUCCAAAAUCAUUGUUAGCGGGAUUAUCACCUUCUGUUAUUGCUAAAAUUACCGAUCUUCGCAUCAAUGGUCUUCAAAUUGAUCAUGCAUUGGACGGUCUUAAGUUUCAAAAAUUAAGAUCUUUGGACAUUAGUGAUUGUCAUAGUGUUGAAGACAAGACAUUUAACGUUGUGGAAUUCGGAAAGAUGUUAACCGAAGUUAAUCUCUCAGAGACCAAAGUGUCUGAGGAAGCUAUUAUUGCACUCGCCUCGCAUUGCAAACAAAACCUUAAGAAGAUGAUCAUGUUACCUUGUGGUGCUGCUGAUUCUGUUGAAAAAGGCAUCAAAGCUCUUGCGACACAUUGUCCAAAUCUUGUUGAAUUCAGAUUAGACGUGAUUCGUGUAGAGAUUAAAUCCAUCAUGGAUCUUGUAAAAUCAUGUAAAGGAAUGCAGGUACUGGUCCUGGGUGGAGUUGAAAUAAAUAACGAAGAUUGUUUACUUGAUGAAUUAAUGGAAAGCAUUAGAUCCAAUAUUAGUCAUUCAAUAACUAUGCUUGAUUUGCGUGAAUGGGGUGUUAGUGAAAAUUCCGUAAUAGAACUGGUGAGGGAUUGUCGUAAGUUAAGUAAAUUAUUCUUAAGGUAUUGUCGUAAUGUUAACGAUAAUUGUAUAAAAUCAAUUUGCAAAUUUUUGGCUGGUAAUCUUAAACAUCUUGAUGUUUCCAAUUGUCCCUUGGUAACUCCUGAUGUCAUCACAAAAGCUGAAUUGGAAUUGGUUGAUUGCCGGAUAAUUUAUGCUUCAAGGCUUUAUUGUAUUGAUAUUUAA